CAUUUCCUCUCGCGGAUAACAAAUCAGCCGCAGUUCUUCUUCCCCCAAUUUGAUCGCCGAAACCUCUCUACCAAAAAUGCUCCGGAUGAACCCUAAGAAACGGCCGCGCGUGGCUGUCCACAACCGCUACCAUACCGCCGGCGGCGCCGCCGCUGCUUCCGUCUCUUCCACCUCCGCUCUCAUCGAUUCCGUCGCAGACAGAACCAUCAGCGAAACUUCUCAGAAGAUCCGGCGAACAUCCUCCCAUCCACAGCUCCUUUCGUCCUCCGCCACCUCCGCCGCUGCCGAUGCCGCCAUUUCGUUCGACGAUCCCGCCACCGCCGACGUACUCCUCCGCCUCUUCCUCGACCCCACCAUUGUCACCAUCGACGGUUCCUCCGGCCAGGUCUCUCCACCCGUCACCGAUGAGCGUUCGGACGUCCUGAUCUACCUCCAUUCCGAUGUCCUCUGCCGCGCGAAGUAUUUCUCCGCUCUCUUGUCCGAUCGCUGGCAGCGGAGCAACACGAGCAGCAACGAGGAUGCUGAGAAGGGGCCCGAUGACGUCUCUGGCGGUUCCGAUGCGAAAUUGAAGCAUCUGAGAUACGGUGUUCCGCUCGGAGAGGGUUCGAUUGAUCAUCGUCUCGCGGUGCUGAAGCUCCUUUACACGGAGGAUUUCCCGUCGGUGAUAUCUUCGGCCUCGGUCGCGCUCGACCUGCUUCCGGCGGCGCUGCACUUGAUGUUCGAGGAUUGCAUCACGUAUUGUGUGAGAUUCCUUGAGGCGGUUCCGUGGAAUGAAGAGGAAGAGAGGCGGGUGCUGCAGCUGGUUCCGUUUCUCAGAGAGAAUGAAUCCAAGGAGCUUUUGGCCCGGAUUUCGACGGAGGACGAGGAUUCCUGUGCGGAAAUGCUCGAGGGAUUGAUCGCUGCCGCGGCCAUUCACAACCAGCCUAACCUGGCCUUCGUGAAGGCGUUUGUUGCCAAGCUGUUGAGGGAUUUCUCCUCGAGGGAUGCUGCCAGGACGGCGUUGGAGAACGCUUUCAGGAGGAGCUUCAGGGUUGUGAAGGAUUCGUUGGAGGAGUACUCGAGUCCCGAUUUCAGAGGCGGCCACAAUGAGACUGAAGCCAUACAGCGGGUGAACCUGCACACUGCCAUGACCAAUGGGAAACAUUUGCUGUGGAUUGUGGAGAGGAUGAUUGAGCUGAGGGUGGCGGAUAAGGCCGUGAAGGAGUGGAGUGAGCAGUCUGGUUUCACAGCUGACUUGCAGAGGGCUUUCCGGGAUGAUGCGUGGAGGAACAUCGUCCCUGGCCUUCCAGCCAUUGUCAUUCGUUGCACUUACAAGCUUGCCUCUGCGGUUGCUACUGGUUCCAUUCUGGCUGCUAGAGAGGUGAGGAUGAAACUUGUACAGGACUGGCUUCCUGUUCUAGUUAUAUGCAAAGACAACGUCUCCCCUAUGUCGCCUGGUCAUAAGGCACUGUAUAUGGAGCUUGAGGAGACAUUCUUGAUGAUAAUCUCAACCCUUCCCAUGUCAGAUGCCCAAGAAUUGCUUCAGCAGUGCCUCAGCUUCUCGACUAGGAACGUUGAAGAUUGUCCGCACUUGAUGACUGCUUUCAACACCUGGUUCCGUCGUGCAGCUCGUCCUCUACCACAAGAUGAUCAGCAUUCCUGAAUUGCUACCGUAUCUAACUUCGAUGGUUGCUCCGUAUCGAACUUCGAUCACAGCCAAACAGUUUGGCUGGUGUGGUUCUGCCGUUUCAUUCGAUGCCUAAAAAGUAAUAACUGUUAAAUGAGUUUGUGAAUAUUAGUCUUGGCUUCGGUAGAAUGGCCUUAGUGCUGGUAGUUUGUUGGAAGAGAGGCUUGAAUCGGCCCCGACCUCGAAGUACAUGGAUUAGAACAGAACUCUUGAAUGCUUUGUAAGUAAGAACAUCUUUCGUUUCAUGAAUCCUAUUGAAUUGGUGGG